UGCACCGCACGCCACGGUGGUUGGGGGAUUUAGUAGCCUCGUUGGAGCUACGGGUAGGUUGGAGAGUCUGGAGGCGAGAAUGAGAGUUGUCGAGGGGGUCGAAAGUUANGGAUUUGGGGAUNCUGCCAGAUUGAGUUUGGUNCCGGGCUUGAAAAUCCCGCCUAAGUUCAAGGCGCCGGAGUUUGAAAAGUAUAAGGGUAACACUUGCCCUAAAAGUCAUGUGACCAUGUACUGCAGAAAGAUGGCUGCGUAUGCUCAUGAUGAGCAGCUACUUAUCCACGUCUUCCAGGAAAGUUUGGCUGGGGUGGCGUUGAAUUGGUACACCCAUUUAGGGCCUUCUCGAAUUUGUUGCUGGGCGGAUUUGGCUGACGCCUUUGUGAAACAGUACAUAUACAACACGCACGUUACACCAGACCGUCUGCAUCUGCAAAAUAUGGCAAAGAAGGACAAUGAGACUUUCAAGGGGUAUGCUCAUCGGUGGAGAGAGUUAGUUGCGCAGGUCGAGCCACCUUUGUAUGACAAAGAGAUGGUGGCAAUGUUUGUGAAUACGCUCCAACCACCCUUUUAUGAACAUAUGGUUGGGAAUGUGUCUACCAAUUUCGCUGAUAUCAUCACAAUAGGCGAAAGGAUAGAAAUCAGGCUGAAAAAUGGAAAAAUUGCGCAUAGCCCGUCCGAGGAUGUAAGCUCCAAACCACCCAGUUUUAAUCCGGGAAAGAAAAAGGAAGGGGAUGUGUAUGCAGUAUCGACAAUGCCUGGGUGGAGAGGUCAAGCUCUCACUUAUAACUAUCAACCAUAUGUGGGCCAACCUCCAUAUGCAGCUGACGCGACAUUUUCCCAUCAAAUCUGGCUUCAACCCCAACAAGGGUAUUAUCAACCACGGUACAUCCCGACUAAUACUUGGAGGGCUGCGGCAAACGCGAGCCCAAACGUGAAUGUGGGUCCAAACAACAACCCCAGAAGGAAUCAACCUGUUAGUUUCACCCCAAUCCCACCAAUGACUUACACAGAGUUGUUACCUAACCUGGUCGAAAAGGGUCUAGUUGCCAUUUGUCCGAUGAAGCCUAUGCAACCUCCAUACCCAAGCGGUUAUGACGUAGAUGCCAAGUGUAGUUAUCAUGGGGGAGGCGUUGGUCACUCCACUGAGAGGUGUUUGGCUUUCAAACAUAAGGUGCAAAGUCUGAUCGAUUCUGGGUGGCUGAAGUUUCAAGAAGAUAAACCUAGCAUUGAGGCUAAUCCACUGUCCGGACAUGGGGGCACCUCGACAAACGCCAUCGAAAAUGAAGGAUGA